CUCGAAGAAUUUUUUUUAUACAAUUGAUGCACUUUUCCAACACUAGGCAUUCGACUCGCAAAGAAUCCUUUUACUUCCAUGGAAACUGAACAACAGAAGCAAGAUAGUACAGUAGAUAGUACAGUAGAGUGGGAGCACAAAGUUGAAACUUGUUAUGAAAAGAUAAUAAAAGAGACAAUUGUAACCGGGAAGGAGACUCAAGUGUCACUGGAUAAAUUUCCUUAUUAUUUAAGUGACAACACAAAGAGUGAACUAAUCUUAUCCACAUACGAAAAUUUGAAAUGGAACCAAUUGCUCAAAACUACUACAAGGCUUCCUUCAUGCCUCACACUGUUCCUGUCUGGCCCUGCAGGUUCAGAGAUAUAUCAAGAAAUGCUAGUGAAGGGGUUGGCCAAUCAUUUUGAUGCAAAAUCUCUGAUGUAUGAAAAUGAUGCAAUGCCUCGGGUUAAGGUAAGCAGCUUUAUAAGAGACCCAACGGAUGGUAAAAUUAAUUUUGAGCAAGGUGGCAGAGUAAUAUAUGCUGGCUCAUAUCAAAAUUCAAGGGGUCCAUCUUGUGGUGAUAGAGGAUCAAUAUAUUUAAUGGGUCCAGAAGAAUUAACUGAAAUUGGUAUACGAUUUGAUAAGCCAAUUCCAGGGGGCACUGACCUGAACGGCCUAUGCAGAGCAGAGCACGGUUUUAUAUGUAGUGAAGAUGAACUUCUCUUCGAAAUUACUCAUGGGGAGACGAUGGACUGGCCGUCCAUAAAGCUGCAAAUCAAUGCACUAUUUAAGGUUGUCAGAUGUGAAAGUAGAAAUGGUCCUAUUAUACUUUUCAUCAAAGAUCUUGAAAAGUGGAAAGACGAUCCAAAUGUUUGGAUUGCUUUGCAGAGCGAGUUGGAUACACUGAUGGGUUCUGUUGUGGUUAUCUUUUCACACAUUCAAGAUGACAAGAAAAAGGGUAAUAUGGAGAAGCUACUUUCUUUACUCAAAAACAAAGUGAUGGACAAAGUGACUGUGGAACCACCUUGGCAGGGUGAAGAACUCAAUGAUUGGAAAUUUAAAUUAAAGCGGGAUGAGGAAUCACUCAAAGCAAAGGAAAAUCAGCGAGUAUUCAGAGAGGCCCUUUGUUGGUAUAACCUAGAGUUUGAUGGAAUCGAAAAAAUGUGUUCAAAGGGCCAGUCUCUUGCCUUUUCUGAGGCAUUUAAAAUCUGCUAUUGGGCUCUCAGUCACUACCAAAUGAAUAACCCUGAAAACCGGGAAUUGAAAACAGUUGCAAUCUCUAGCGAGAGUUUUCAAUACGGAUUGAACAAAUUAAACAAAAUUCAAAAUAAGCCACAGGCUAUUCAGAUCAAACAAAAGGAGAUUGCCACUGAGAAUAAGUUUGAGAAGAAGAUCCUGCAGAAUGUGAUACCACCAGGUGAUAUUGGAGUGAAUUUUGAGAACAUUGGAUCUCUGGAAAAUGUGAAAGAAUCGCUUAAUGAGUCUGUGAUGCUUCCUUUACGAAGACCUGAACUCUUUAAAGGACAAUUAACAAAGCCCUGCAAAGGUAUCCUACUCUUUGGUCCUCCAGGGACUGGGAAGACUAUGCUUGCCAAAGCUGUGGCAACUGAAGCUGGUGCAAAUUUUAUAAAUAUAUCAAUGUCAACUGUUUCAUCAAUGUGGUUUGGUGAAUCUGAGAAGUACAUUAGAGCCUUGUUUUCAGUAGCAAGUAAAAUAUCUCCAACAGUGAUAUUUAUUGAUGAGGUUGAUAGUAUGUUGAGUCAAAGGAACAGUGAAGAAGAGAGUUCGGUACUACGCAGGAUGAAGAAUGAAUUUAUGGUAAACUGGGAUGGAUUGCGCACCAAAGAAAAUGAGAGAGUCUUAAUUCUUGCUGCCACUAAUAGACCUUUUGAUCUUGACGAAGCUGUCAUUAGAAGGAUGCCUAGGAGGCUAUUGGUAAACUUGCCAGAUGCACCAAAUAGGGCAAAAAUCAUGAAGGCAAUACUUCGAAAAGAGAAAAUGGCACAGGAUGUAGACCUGGAUGCAAUUGCAAAAAUGACAGAGGGAUAUUCUGGCUGCGACCUAAAGGACUUGUGCGUUGCAGCUGCAUAUCGCCCUAUCCAAGAGAUUUUGGAAAAAGAAAAACAGGAAAAGGCAUUAGCAAUAGCAGAGAGGAGACCUUUGCCAUUAGUUAGUGGGAGUGUUGAGAUUCGUCCUUUGAAUAUGAGCGACAUGGAACAUGCAUGUCAACAGGUGCGUGCUAGCGUUUCGCCAGAUUCAGCAUAUAUGCAGCGACUGCUUCAGUGGGAGGAACAAUAUGGCGGAGGAGGUUCAAUGAAAAAAGAGAGAAUUAGCUAUUUUUUAUGAGCUAUGGGUGAAUUGUAAUUUUACUAUUCAUUUUUUGACUGGAAUACUAUUUCACCUUCUGCCACUAUGUUGUCAUCUGAACCCACUAAACCACAAAAUUUGCCACUAUUGUAGAAGAAUUUAUGU